UUUAUACCCCACUACUAAUAGCGAGAUCAAGAAUUAUAUCUUUUUAUUCGCAUGAUUUGUUGAAACAAUUCAGCAGCAUGCUAGUCCUGCUUUUAUCAGACAUAGAAUCUCUUGGAGCCUAUAUCUACACAUUUACAAGCUUAACGCUUCAUCUAUAGACGUCGUGGGGUUUGCACCGACGGAAAUGUCUAUUUUGAUGUGUGCGGAGAAAACGGAAACAUGAGUGAAGGAGGAUGUACAUCUCAGAUCAGGCAUUUCAUUGGUCACUUCUCGAUCCUUGUUAAGCGGCGUCCAGGGGUUUUGGAAGGAGUUGGUAGUUUAAACUUCAUCAACUCAAUACCACAUCACCAAAGCACAUCAUGUCCCUGAACGUCAGCGAUCCCGCAAUCAUUGAAGCCUAUGAUGAUGUCCGAGAUGACAAGUCUUCAACCGACUGGGCAUUCUUUGAUUUCGCGGAUGGUAAGCCCGACCGUCUCAAGGUUGCUGGUACUGGUUCUGGCGGUCUUUCCGAGUUUGUUGGACAGCUCAAGCCUGAGAUUGCUGGUUGGGGUUACGUUCGUAUGAACAUGAGCAACGACGAGUACUCGCAGCGUAUUAAGUUUGUUCUUGUUCCAUGGUGCGGUGAAUCAGUGGGUAUCAUGCGCAAGGCAAAGCUCAGUAUUCAGAUUGCAGAUGUCAAGAACAUCCUGCGCAACUUCCACAUCGAGGUGCCGGCGUCUCACGUGCAGGAUCUGGACGAGAAGGAUAUCAUGACUAGACUUCGACGUGCUGGUGGUGCAAACUAUGAUCGCCAAUCGAGCAACUACUGAAAAAGCCUAUUCCCUCUUCAUUUCCCCACUUUACCAACAUCCUGUCUUCUAACAUAUCAUUAUCUCUUCCACCCUGUCCAAAUUGUGGGCGGGGCUCUCACACAACAUGUACACAUGUAGAUCCUUUGUAACUUUACAAAAACAAAAAGGCAUUACUUUAUAUAAGAAAGAAACAUCAAAAAAGAAGAGAAAAAAUACAAAUUAAAG